AUGCUGGGGGGUGAAGGAUCUAGUCGAUCUGAUGCCCUCAGCAGACACAGCACCACCCAAUCUGGCGCGGUCCCCCAUUACCCAUGCGACUACUGCUAUGAACGUCAGGGGAUGAAGGGCUUCCGCCGAUACGAUGACCUCGAACAGCAUCUCGAGGGCCAUCACAAGAUCACCACCGAAGACAAGCUCCCAAGGAAGGCUGUCACUGACGCUACUGCCUCCUCGCAGUUGCAGGGCCAGGAACCCCCGUUCCCGUUCCCGUUCCUGGCUCCCGGGUAUGCUCGGGUGGGCGCCAACGGCUACCGUCGACGGAUGGACCUUGAUGAUCACUGGAUGGAGAAGCAUCCGUUCAUCGGUGCCCAGAAUCAUGACCAAACUCACGAUGUGUGCAUGCCCUCAACCAUUGACACCCAAGACUACGGUAUGAUGGGGCAGGGCACGUGGGAUGGACAGGGUUAUUAGCCAAACGGUACCAUGUAGUCACCGGUCUUGACGACAGCCGUCUCACAAGAUUAGGGAGCUUCGAAUGUCGGUUUCGAUAUGAGAUCUGAGUCGGGGGAAUACUUGAGCUAGGUUGACAUGGCAUGAUAUGAUAUGUACCUACCUAACCUAGUAGGCAGUGAGU